AUGGAGAGUAACUCGAGAAGCUCUAUUUCGAUAGAGGGUACCAAAUGGAACACUUCAGUUCCCUAUCUGCUGGGAAACACUCUUGAUGUGCAUUACAAAGGGAUUAUUUUGAGGGCCUUUGAGCAGUUUGGUCUGAAAUCCUGCAUCAACUUUAUUCCACGGCAAAAUGAAAAUGACUUCAUCCACAUCCAGAAAUUAGAAGGGUGUUUCUCUUAUGUAGGAAAAAAGGUUUCAGGUGGACAGAAUGUUUCCAUUGGGUCUGGCUGCGCAAUUGUUCCCAUUGUGGAACAUAUGCUUCUUCAUGCCCUGGGCUUCUUUCACGAGCAGUCCAGAUAUGACAGAGAUGACCAUGUCACAAUAAUCUGGGAGAACAUCCAAGAAGGGAAAGAGUACGAAUUCAAUAAAAUGAGUGAGAAUGAGUCAAGCCUCCUUGAUACUCCAUAUGACUACACAUCUGUAAUGCACUACAAUAAAAAUGAAUUCAGUAAUGGAAAUGGAUCCACCAUCAUCACAAAGCAUCCUGAGUUUCAAGAUGUGAUCGGCGACAGUAGAGAAAUGAGCUCAACAGAUGCACUUGAACUGAACAGGCUCUAUCACUGCGAUGCGUCAGUCUCCUUCCUGGACCACUGCAGCUUUGAAGAUGAGAGCCUGUGUAAGAUGAGUGUCUGCUCCAGGUGUUCAGCUGAAUGGCAGAGAGUGAGCCGAGCUGAUGGAGGUCCCCACUCAGACCACACCCACCUGGGCACUGACUCUCAGGGUUCCUUCAUGCAUUUCAGCACCAAGCACAGCUCAGAGGGCGAUUCAGCCAGACUGACCACCAGGAGGAUGACUCCUGGUAGACCAUGCCAGGUCCAGUGCCUUCAGUUCUACUACUACUACAGUGGGAAUGAAAAGGACCAGCUCGACAUCUGGAUCAGAGAGUUUGACAGUGAGGAGGACACAGGAACCCGUAGGCUUAUGGGCCAGAUUUCAGGUAUUUUGGUUAUUUUGGUCAUGUCACAAGUGUUUACAUUAAUCUCAGAUAGCCAUGGAUAUUUAAUUCACACAAAAUUUUCCCCAGCUGAGUACUGGCAGGUCCACAAUGUUCCUCUGAACGCCACUAAGACCUUCCGGGUGGAGUUUGAGGCCCGCAAAGGACCUGGGUCGUCCAGCGGUGGCUUUUCCGUGGACGACAUCAACCUAUCAGAGACCGAAUGCCCCCAUCAGACAUGGCAAAUCAGGAACUUUGAGGAGGUUUUGAGUAUCAGUAAGAAGAACAGUUUAUAUGGCGCAAUCCUCUAUAGCCCAAGGUACUACUCCAUAGAUGGCUAUGGCUAUCAGAUCCUGCUACAGUUGCGGAAGACAGUUUUUGGCGUAUAUGUGCGCUUGGUGUCUGGAGACUAUGACGACACGCUGGAGUGGCCGUUGACAUGGAGGCAGAUUUCAGCCCGGAUAAUGGACCAGAAUCCACACAUGCAGCUGCGCAUGUCCUGGGAGAGGAGUUUGACCCCAAACCCAACACGGCUGUCAGGUGGGAGCCCCCGAGAGGAGGGAAAACUAACCACAGUGGGUGGUGAGACCUUUUAUGCCUCAAGUGCGUGGGGAUGGCGAAGCUUCAUGACCGCGGAGGACCUUCAGAAGAGAGACUUCCUGAAAGGAGGCGAUGCCUUCUUCUUCUUCACCAUGCAAGAUCUGCGCCCUCUGCUCGAGCCUACAAAUAACUCACUGCCCUGUGCCACACUUCCUCUGUAUGGUUCACGGUAUGCUCUUCAAAACAGUAUUCAUCACGUGCUAACAUUUCAAAGUAAAAUCUUUGCAUUAUGAGGAGUGAGUGGGUUUAGUAGUAGAAUUUACUGUGUGUCUGAAAUAGAAUAGAGCUCAUACCAAUUUGUGGGAUUACUGAAGUAAACGUGUCAAGAUAAUACACUGUACACAGAGUAUGUAGUAUUUGUUUUGGAAUAUGAGCUUGGAAUUUUAUCUUUUUUUUUUAAAGUGUUACCACUACCACAACUGCCACCACGGCAACAACCACAACUCCUACCACCACAACCACUCCUACCACCACAACCAC